AUGGUUCUCGAAAACGACACGACGGGAAACGCGAGCACCAGGGUGGACACCACGCUGACCACCAGCACCAGCACCUCCACGUCCAGCAGCAGCUCCACCGCCACUACCACCACGCGACAGAAGCGCACCACCACGCACACGGUGGAAUCCCAGAAUGCCGAUGGUGGUGGUGAUUAUCAGCGGACCAGCACCACCUCGACGUCCACCCUCGUGGAGCGAAAGGCGCCUUACCACGGCCCACGACCACAACAACAACAACACGAAGAGGUGGACAGCGAGGAAGAAGAGGUGGAGUGGGUGACGGACAUCGACGAGUUGGCCGAGCUGUUCGAGAGGCGGGAGCCGCUCGGGCGACGACGCGUGCGCGGCAUCUGCGGACGCGUCACGAAGGGCCGGACCGAAGACGACUUCCGCCUUCUCAGCGACGAACCCAACAAACGGUUGUCGUGGGUGGUGGGGCCGGACGGCCUCGAGCGGUUGUGUGGGAAGAGUCCGCGGGACAUCAUGCUGGCCAUCGGCAAGGACACGCCCUGGCUCCGCCGCACCCUCGAUGAGGGCUAUAGGUUCAGGCUGUGCCUGUUCCCCGAGGUGCAGGCCAGGCAGGCCACGUGGGACGGGGUGUUUGAGCUCGUCCGCGACACGUUCCCCGAGGCCUGGCCCAAAGUGGCGCCCCACAUCCACCUGUUGCCAAAGUACACGCUGGAGGAAGUGCAGGAGCGCUUCACCGAGUUCGACAUCUGCGCUUCGUUUCUCGAGGGCCGGGACCACCACCACUACAUGACCCUCGAGAGGUAUCUGGAGUCAAGCGGCACAUUGGGCCACACGAGGGCGUUCCUCUACCACGAGAUUGGCCUCACCCACCUCUUCCAUGGCGACGGCUUCACCCGGACCGAGGACGGCCAAGUCGGGUUGAGGGAGUACCUGGUGCCCAACCGGCCGCUGUCGUCGUUCUCCAAGUACCGCACCGUGGAGCUGCCCCUCGACCUGGCCGAGCUGCCUCCCGAAGAAGUCAUUCCCGACCCCUGA